AUGGUCUUCAGCAGCUGGUUCUCUGUGCCCCUGACGACAAUCAACCCACAGAGGCCGGUGGCCGAGAGACUGGUGGGCUGCUUCCAGCUCACCGCCGCAGCACAAGGCGUGUCAACGCUCUAUUGUCGCUUCAACCACCCCAAGACUGAUUUCUCGAUCUUGUUGAAUCAAACGCUGCCGUCGGUUGACCCGGCUCAUGGGGAAACCCAUAAGUUAUGGUUGUCAGAGGCGGCAGCGGCCGAUUCAACUCCCACAGGGGUAGUGACGACUUCGUUGAUCCCAACUCCUACUGCGCCUUUCGGAGGUGCUCAGCACGUUGUAUUCGACAAUCUUUUUGACAACGGCGCCGAAUACCCUGAAUGGUUCAUUGCCAGCUUGGGCUCACUUCUCGGUGACCAUGUGCGGCGGCACCCCAAUAUCUACACCGUCGUUGUCGGCUUGCUGUCCGUUCAAGUCCUUGUGAUGACGUGGUUCGCCCGUCAGAUCCAAACACUCACCCGUGAGUCCCGUGAGCAUUCGGAGGAAGCUGGCUCUAAACUUGUUCAGGCUCAGCUAGCAGAGGAACAGGGUCGUGUCAAUUCACUUAUCGCCAAACUCGAGAGAUACACUGUCGAUUUUCCAUCGCUCGACCAGCGACUCAGCCAACUGUCAGCAACCGUCAACUCUUGGCCACAACAAAUCCCCAAGCUAGUAGGUGAUGGACUUGUCCAAAUCCGAACGCAGGUCGACCAAUUCGACGCCAUAUUCGAACAGCUCCGGAAACAGGUCAAUGAUCUCGCCAGUGCGCCAGAAAAGAACACGGGAAUUGACGUCCAGGAUACCCCCUUUUUGCAAUCCCUCCAGGACCAGGUUCGACAGCUGGUUUGUCAAUGGGAGGGAAAGCCAUGGGAGCUGCCGCAUAGCGAGUUAGCUGCUCGGAUACACGGUGUCAACGAACGGUUAGAGCAGCUGACACCUAAGCAGGGCGGAGACACGAACGAGUUAUUCGACCAGAUCAAGCGACUGCAGAAGGACCUCGACCAGUGGAAGGAUUCCGUAGUGGUGAAUUCCGAAUUUGCCAACGUUGAGGCGGAUCUCAGGUUGAUCACAAAGAAGGUGGACAGCAAGCCAUGGACUGAAUCAAUCACCGAAGUGGGCAACACGGUCAAGUCUCUGAAUCGAGAAUUGCACUCAUUCAAAGAAAUUUCGUCUGCCUUGAACAUCGAACAGAAAAGCCUGGCCAGCGAUGUGAAACUCAUUGAUCAGUUUGUGAAUCAGCUGAAGGCGGAGCAACCGUGGAAACGGGGUCGCUCCCUCACUGAGGAUCAAUUGACAGCGGUUAACGAGUUCACGACGCUCAAAGGCUCCCUGGCGACGAAGGAGGAUACCAGGGUUCUUGCAGAAGCUAUUCGGCGGACGGAGGGCUCCCUGGAAUCCUGGAUCUCGGAGACUUGGCCCGUGGAUCUUCAUAAGUUGGAGAAAUCCUCCAGAGCAUUGGAGCAAUCGUUGAAAUCGGAGAUGGACUCGACCCGAAGACAUUGCGCCACCCACGAGGAUGUCAAGUUUGCCUGCGCUUCCGUUGGAAGACAGGUCUCUGACGAUUUGAAGAUCCUUGACAAGGAAAUCGACUCGCUGAAAGGCGAUGUCAAUGGAUUGUCUGCCAAGGUGACGGAUUUGGCGGCUCGGCCGGUUGGUGGCAGUGUCCAAAGCACUGUCACCAUCGAAGAGCUGCUCAAGGUCAAAGACAUGGCAAGGGAGGCUGACAACUCGGCGAUCAGUGCCGAACUCGCGGUCGACAAUUUCAGGGACCGGAUGUCCGCUGCGGAACGAGAAAUCGCGGGCACCAACACCCUCCUCCGAUACCACGAGUUCGAUAUCGCCAGUUGUGCCGCCAAACUGGGAGUUCAGCGCAAGAAAGUCACCUUCGAUGGUGCCCCAAACCCGUUUGGGCCAGCACCAACAGGAUCAACAGCGCCUGAACCCCAGUCCAAGGGUGAAGCGAAGCCCGACAAGCCCGGAUCUUCGACUCCAGCUUUAAAGGAGGAGAAGCCAGCGGCUUCACAAGCUUCGCCAGCGGCAACGGGCUCUGACUCCAAGAGCGAACCCAAGUCGGACAAGAAAAUCGAGCAGCCCUCGACCGGUUCGGCCUCUGAAGAGUCUGCUAAGCUCGAAGGGAAGACAGAGACAGCCUCAAAGCCGUCAAACGCUUCAAAAUCUGUCGAACCCAAGUCUCCCGGGCUCGAGGCCAGCAUGUGGGCGACUGCUGGCCCGACCGAAACCAAACCCACGGGACUCGAGGCAAGUAGGUGGGCGCCCCAGACGCCUGAACCGAAGCCUGCCGGAUUAGAGGCCAGCCGUUGGGCGCCUCAGACCAAAUCCAGUCCUGGUGGAAGCGGCCAGAAGAAAGGCAAUUCGAAAAAGAGCAAGAAGGCAAAAUAG